AAAUGCAGUUGACUGUUUAUAAUUAUUAAGAAAUAAUCGAUCAAAUAAAUAACAAGUACACAUGUGGCAAUGGUUGUUAUGUACGUCAGUGAUAAACUAUCAAAUGAGAUUGAGUAGUUACUGCAAUAUAUUUUUUUUUAAUAACAACUAGAAAGUUUCUCGAGAAAACGUUGCUUUGACAUUUCCUCCGACAGAUCUGUCGACGUCUCGUUUAUUUAGUCCAGUUUUCUAAAUAAAUAAAUAAAUUAAUAAUUCUAACCUUAGAUUCUUAACAAUUAAUAAUUUAUUUAUUUAUUUAUUUACUGGUUAUUUUCAACAAUGCGAGGAUUGAAGUUAGUAAGCGUUAGUUUAAAGCGGGAAUUCCACUCUAGCAGCUGGCGUCAAACCGCAGUAGUAAUUAGCGGCAAAGCAAUAGCCAAAGAAAUAAAAGAUGAGCUAAAAAAAUCAGUGGACUCUUGCAUUUCCAGCGGAAAAAAGCGCCCAAGAUUGGCAGCAAUUCUCGUAGGAAAUGACCCCGCGAGCGAAGUGUACGUAAGUAGGAAGGUAAAAGCCGCGAGUUCCAUCGGAAUUCUCGCGGAAACCAUUCGCAUGACGGAAAAUGUCAGCCAGAAAGAUUUGAUAAAGAAAAUAAAUGAUUUCAACUUGGACCCUGACGUCGACGGAGUUCUGGUGCAGCUUCCGCUGCCCAAAGGGUUUAAUGAAAAAGAAGCUUGCCACGCGGUGCUUCCAAAUAAAGAUGUCGACGGGUUUCACUCGGAAAAUCUAGGAAAAUUGAGUACUGACAGCGAAGGGUUCGUUCCUGCAACUGCACUGGCUGUAAGGGAGCUGAUUCUCAGGUCUGGAGUGAAAACUCUGGGAAAGAAUGCGGUUGUUAUCGGGAGGUCCAAGCAUGUUGGGCUGCCGACGGCGCUUUUGCUUCAUGCUAAUGGAAAAGGCGACACCAGAGCGCUGGAUAUGACCACGACGAUCUGCCACAUCCACACACCCAGAGAAGAGUUGAUAAAACUGGCCCGUCUCGCGGACGUCCUGGUUUCUGCGACUGGAGUUCCCGGGCUCGUCACCAAGGACAUGAUAAAACCCGGAGCGUGUGUAAUCGACGUGGGAAUCACCCGGGUUGACACUCCCGACGGGAAAACCAAGAUUGUCGGGGACGUCGACUAUGAAGAGGUGAAAAAAGUCGCCGGGUUCAUCACCCCGGUUCCUGGAGGCGUAGGACCUAUGACUGUCGCCAUGUUGAUGAAGAACACCUUCUGGGCUGCUGAGAAAAAUUUCAAAUCUAAAAAAUAAAUUUUUUUAUUAUUUUUUAUAUUUCUAUUUUUCUUUUU